UGGAUAUUUAAUGAUCGCUAGUGGUGGUGUCUUUGUAUGCGCAGGAAUUUCUCCGUAGAAAGUCCUCGAAGCUAGUUGCGCUCUUACUGCGCGCAUCAUGCAUACAAAUAAAACCGUUCAACCUUAAUCUUUUUGUGUUGACGUAACUGUACAACGUGAUAUCAUUUCAGUAGUGUCCCUUGAGCCAGCAAGAAUAAAAUAAGUCUAUAUUAUAACCGGAAAAAUGAAAAUGAAAGUGAAUACGUUAUUGUUCUUUAUUGUGUGUGUGGUCAUGUGUGUGACAGAAGGAUACGCCUACAAAAACUACAAAUCUUUUUUUGAAACUGUUAAGGAGGAUAACUCUAUGGACGUCUCAGAUUUCUCUGUUUAUUACAAUAUUGAAACAAAUGAGACCAUUAAAAAAAUGAUGCCCAGACCUUGGUACAAGCCUGGUUGGCUGCUUAGACUUCCGUUUAGAGGCGGUCCUUGUGAAUGUGACGGCUAUCAAUGUAUUUGCUGCACGGGUGUUCGGAUUCAAGCUUUUAAAUUUGACAGAAGAACAUGUGCGAAACUUACAUAUGAACCACAAAAUUCUACCCUGGAUUUAGAAGUGGUCAUGAACAAUGCAAGUGUAUUCAAGAACACUUAUUCAAGCAGAAACCUACCACCAUUUUGUAUUCCUGUCCCAGUGCCCUACCUACCACCCGGUUUGGUAGAUAUGUGUGUUAGACUGUUUGACGUAACAUUCGUUGAUCAAAAGCUACACGUCUGUAUGGAUAUGGACACGAGGAUAGACAAAGCUCCGGUAGUGAUACUCCAUUUCGAUUGUAUGGACAUGGGUACAGGAGGAGUGGGUUUAUCAAAACCAGGAGGAACAACUAUUACAUCACACGACUCUAUAACGGCAACAGAAGAACCGAUACAAUUAGACAGUGAUGUUUACGACGCAGUUACUGAACCUGUUGAAACAACUACAGAAAUAUUUCAAAAUAGUGUAAAAUAUAUUUAAUAUAUUUACUGCAUUUCAAAAAAGUACAUAUAAACUAUUUGUAUCAAUCGUUAAUUUAUUGUAUCUAAUAAUAUUUAAAAUAGAAUGAAUUAAAGAAUUAUAAUACACAACA